AUGCCGGCCAACGAGAUUGAUCAAGGGGCCAAGCCCUCUGGCUUCAAGAGCUACAGACGCAUCUUCCGCUAUGCUGACCGAAAGGCCUGGUUACUUUACUCUAUAUCCUUCCUUGCCGCUAUUAUAGGCGGUUCAGCGCUUCCAUUAAUGGACCUGAUCUUUGGCAAGUUCGUAACGACCUUCAACAACUUUGCUAACGGCUCCAUCAGCUCCGAAAGCUAUAUACAGGAGGUGUCAAAAUACUCCCUUUAUCUGGUUUAUCUAUUUCUCGCCAAGUUCUUUCUGGUCUACAUCCACACUCUUGCCGCCUCAGUAGCGGCCAUUCGGACUACCAAGGCGUUGCGAUUGGAGUUUAUGCAAAGCCUCCUACGCCAGGAUACCAGCUAUUUCGAUUCAAACAAAGACGGGUCGCCAUCCGUCAAGGUUACUAUGAAUGGUAAUAUCAUAACUAACGGCAUUUCGGAGAAGUUAUCAGUGUUUAUUCAAAGCUGCGCCACUUUUGUAGCAGCUUUUGCCGUUGCGUUUGGAGUGCAGUGGAAGCUGACACUUAUCACCAUCUGCAUUGUUCCAGCUAUCCUUAUUAUCACUGGGGUUUGCAUGAGCAUCGAGGUCAAGAGUGAGGAUAAGUUGAUGGCUAUCCUUUCGCGCUCUAGUCUAGUCGCAGAGGAAACCUUCUCGUCUAUAUCAACCGUCCAUGCCUUCUGGUUACAGCCAUUGAUGGCACAGCGCUACGAAGAGUUUCUUGCUGAAUUGGAAAGUGUGGGCAGGAAGAAAUCACCAAAUUAUGGUGCUUUAUUUUCUACUGAAUUCUUCUGCGUUUAUUCGGGCUACGGUCUUGCUUUCUGGCAGGGCAUCAAGAUGUUUGCUCGUGGUGAUAUCCAAGAGUCUGGCGACGUCGUAACUGUGAUAUUCGCUGUUGUUGUUGCGGCCACAUCUCUGACCCAUAUUGCCCCCCAAAUCAUCACAAUCACCAAAGCCGCUGCCGCUGCCGAAGAACUAUUUCGCAUUAUCGAUAAGGAGUCGGCUAUUGACUCUCUCUCAACCUCAGGAUUGGCACCCGAGGAAUGUGUUGGGGAGAUCAAGCUGGAAGGCCUGGAGUUUGCCUACCCAUCUCGCCCGGAUACCAAAGUCCUUGACGGUGUGGACUUAAAUGUGCCUGCUGGUAAGACUACAGCUCUGGUUGGUGCUAGUGGCUCGGGGAAGAGCACAAUAAUCGGACUUUUGGAACGUUGGUACGACCAUACCGCCGGUAGCAUCCUUCUUGAUGGCAUUAAGAUACAAGAACUCAAUAUUGCAUGGCUACGUACCCAAAUUCGUCUUGUACAACAGGAACCAGUUCUCUUCAGCGGCACAAUCUUCGAUAACGUCGCCUUUGGCCUUGUGGGAACGCAGCAUGAAGACGCCCCUUAUGAACAGAAACUUGCAUUGGUGAAAGAAGCCUGCAAAGAGGCUUAUGCGGACGUCUUCAUUGAUCACUUGCCUAAGAAAUAUGAUACACAAGUUGGCGAGCGAGCGCGCAUGCUAUCCGGUGGUCAAAAACAACGUAUAGCAAUUGCGCGCAGCAUCAUUUCACACCCCUCGGUUCUACUGCUAGAUGAAGCGACGAGUGCCCUUGAUCCCAAGGCUGAGAGGAUCGUUCAAAGCGCUCUAGAUAACAUUUCUAUUGGCAGAACUACCAUUAUCAUCGCGCAUAAGCUCUCUACGGUACAGAAGGCAGACAAUAUCGCUGUCAUGUCUGCUGGCAAAAUCAUUGAACAAGGAACUCACCACGGACUCAUGGCCAACGAUGGUGCUUAUGCAAGGCUUGUCCGUACACAGGUCCUAGAACAAAAAAGCCGUGGGAUGACAGAGAAUGAUCUGGCUACUGACAUAGAUGAGCAGGAUGACUGGGACGAAGGGAAAUAUAACCUAGAUGAAAAGGAAACUAGGAAGGAGAGGGAUGAUGAGAAGCAAAUCACAUAUCUUACAACACAUCAUGCAAGGAGCAUAGCUUCUGACACCUUGGAACCAAAUUUCAACGCACAGGCAAAGGAAACCAUGGGAUACCACCUAAUCCAGUGCCUAUGGCUUCUGAUAAAGGAGCAGCGGAAUCUUUGGGGCUCAUACUCGAUCUUUGCAUUUGCCUGUAUUCUUGGGGUUGCAGGUGCUACUUUUCCAACUCAAGCUGUCAUUCUUGCACGGACGCUUGAAGUUUUUCAGCUCCGCGGCAGCGAAGCCGUUCGCCGUGGGAACUUCUGGGCACUGAUGUUCUUCGCUGUAGCCCUUGCUAAUUUCGUCAUUUACUUCUUUGUGGGAUGGGUAGCCAAUAUCAUCAUUCAGGUGAGUUUCCCUUUUCUAUACUCCAAAGUUGGCGCACUGGGAUUAACUACUGAAACAACCUUAACCUUACAGGAAGUUAGCCGGAGGUAUAGGAGAGAACUCUUCAGAAACACCCUUAAGCAAGAUAUCUCUUUCUUCAAUCUGGAGCAUAAUGCUACUGGCUCAAUCUGUGCUAGGUUAUUGAUUCAUGCGUCAAAUUUGAAUGAGCUCUUAGGUAUCAAUUCGGGCUUAAUUCUCAUCAACGUCGUCACAAUUAUCUCAGUUUCUAUCUUGGGCAUUGCUUAUGGAUGGAAACUUGGCCUCGUGUGUGUCUUUGCUGCGCUACCAUUACUGCUAUUAAGCGGCUACUUCCGUAUCCAUCUUGAGAGCAAGCUGGAGGAAGAUACUUCUACACGCUUCGCCAGCAGCGCUGCAAUUGCAACGGAAGCAGUCUUAGCUAUAAGGACAGUAUCAUCCCUUACUCUGGAGAAGAGGAUUCUUCAAAUAUACCAAGAAAGACUCGACGUAGUUGCGCAUCAGUCUGUAAAAGCCCUGACUUUUACAAUGUUUUGGUAUGCCUUGACUCAAUCUAUUACCUUCCUAGCCAUGGCCUUGGGCUUCUGGUAUGGCGGGAAACUGGUAUCUACACAUGAGUAUACCAACGAGCAAUUCUUCGUCGUCUUCACUGCGGUUGUGGUUGGCGGUGAGAAUGCGGCAGCUCUUUUCCAAUACACCACCGGCAUCACAAAAGCAACGAGUUCUACCAACUACAUCUUUUGGCUACGCCAGCGAGUCCCUGCCAUCGAUAACGACUUUUCGAAUGAACCCCCUGCGAAUGACUCCUUCGAAAAUAAUGAGACUGUUGCUAUUGACUGUCAAACUGUCAACUUUGCCUACCCUUCUCGUGGGGGCUCAAAAAAUGUCAUUUCUGACAUCAAUAUCAGAAUUCCUCCAGGAAAAUUUGUUGCGUUUGUUGGCCCAUCAGGCUGUGGAAAGUCAACCAUGAUCAAUCUCCUCUGCCGCUUCUAUGAUCCAACCACCGGCUUCAUCACCUUUAAUAACCAAGCAAUCCAUGAAAUUGACCUACAUGGCCAUCGUCGGCGUCUAGCCCUUGUUCAGCAAGAACCUAUACUAUUUCAGGGCAGUAUCAGGGAGAAUAUUGCCAUGGGCUUGAUUGAUUCCAGUGAGGUAACAGAUGCACAGAUAGAACAAGCCUGUAAAGAUGCAAAUAUCUACGAAUUCGUCUUGUCUUUACCUGACGGGCUUGGGAGUGAAGUCGGCAUUCGUGGCUCGAAACUCUCUGGUGGCCAACGCCAGCGUAUUGCUAUUGCUCGAGCUCUUGUUCGAGAUCCCAAAGUUCUGCUUCUUGAUGAAGCAACAAGUGCGUUGGAUACAGAAAGUGAAAAGAUGGUCCAGGACGCUAUAAACGAGGCAGCCAAGGGGGGUAAAAGGAGUAUAGUUGCAGUGGCCCACAGGCUGAGCACUAUUCAAAGCGCUGAUACCAUCUAUGUCUUUCAGGCAGGGAGAAUUGCCGAGGCUGGUGCUCAUAUCGAACUGCUGGGCAAAAAGGGUGAUUAUUAUGAGAUGUGCCAGGGACAGGCAUUGGAUACGGCUCUAGGCUGA